AUUUUUUUCCGAAUGAUGCGAAAGCAUUUUUCUGGAUUCACCGAUGAUCGUAAAGUUUAAGAACACUGAACAGUGAUGACAUCGGUUAAUAAGUCACAGAAACUUACUGCAGAAAUUGGAGUACGACUGUUCUUAUUUGUAUUUUUCUACAUAAGUGAUGAUGCUACACCAUACUUUAGAAAGAUCCAACCAGAAGAAUUCUGGCUUUACAGAUAUCCAAGAACACCUAGUUAUUACCCAGGAUACCUACUUUGGAUUACUAUUCUUGGAGUACCAACAAUAGUAGCAACUGCAUAUUUCAUCAAAUACAGAGACAAAACAGACUGGCAACAGGCUAUAUUAGGUGUUGUGUUGUCUAUAUACUUGACUGCUUCUGUUACAAAUUGUAUAAAGCUAGCUGUUGGAAGGCCCCGUCCAGACUUUCUAGAGAGAUGUUUCCCGGAUGGUAAAAUCAACAAUGAUCUGAAAUGUAAAGGAUAUGCAGCAGACGUCAUUCAGGGAUAUAAAAGUUUUCCCAGUGGACAUUCAUCAUUUGCAUUUUCAAGUUUUGGAUAUGUUGCAUUAUACAUAGCAGGAAAAUGUCAGUGUUUUACAUUAAAAGGCAGAGGUCAUGCCUAUAAACUUUGUAUGGUUGUUAUUCCCCUUGUAUGGGCAACAUUAAUUGCAGCUUCAAGAACAGCUGAUUUUCAUCAUCAUUGGCAAGAUGUGAUAGUAGGCAGUAUAUUAGGACUAGUUAUAUCAUACAUAUGUUACAGACAAUACUACCCAUCAGUAUACAGAUCUAAUUGCCAUAUACCAUACAUUAGUGACAACACAUCACGGGACAUUGAAUUACAACUUAUAAAGGAUCACAUCAACAUGGCAUAAAUUAAAGUAAAACUAUAAUGAUGAUCCAGAUUAAAGAGGAAAAUAUCUCUGUAAAUUUGUUAUUACUUUUAAAACGAACCAGUGCUUGUGUAUAGAAUGAAUAUAUGUUAAUUUAUGAAAAUUAUUUAGAUAAAACAAUUUUUAUUUUUAAAACAGCAAACAUUUGUAGUUAAGAUUAUACCACUAAAAUUAUAAACUUGUUGUUUAUUUUAAAUUGUCUUCACAUAUUUGUUACUUUAGUUUUACAUUUUUUUGUAUUUAUUAUGAUCAUGAUAAUUAAAAGUAUUUUUGCUGGCA